CCAACGAAAAGAGUUACUUGAACCCGGCAAUUCGGCGCGGCUGGUAUUACUGACAAAUCACGGCAAGGCUCUUUAUUGUUCGCUUAAAAAGAUGCGACAUUGAUCAUGCAGUUGGUUCACUUCGGCCUACUCUUCUGCAUAAUUAACCACGGCCCGAACCUCUACCCUGGCAUGCCGAAAUGAGCUUAUUGGACACUGCCUAGACUCAUAUCCCUUCUAAUAGCGAUUGAUACCCUAGGACGAAAUGCUUAGCUGCUUUCGAUAGAUGGCGAGUUUCUAUGUGUUCAGGUAAUAGAGUCGUAAUUUCAUUUUCUCUUCUCAACGGUUCAUAGCCCAUUCAUCUACCUUAUUAUGUAUUGUUUCUAUAUACCAACCGAAGCUACUCGAUAUGACAAGUCUUCUCCUUAUUUUCGCAAUAGCCUCUCUCGCGCUUGCACAAUUCUCGAACCCCCCUCCUGGUCGAGUAACGUGGAAAGUCGGUGAUAUACAAAGUAUCAGUUUCAAAACAAAGUUCAAAAAAUUCUCCGUCGCUCUUUGGCAAGAGGCUCCUCAAGGAGGCUCAGCAACUCUCGGGCCUAUAUUAUUCCAGACUGUAAACAAUGCGGCGACUCAAUUUACCUGGCUUGUUCAGGCAUACGACUUUGACUUGAACGUAUCGAGCGUAUUCUUUUUCUGGAUGUUUGAGGGCGACCCUUCGUUUCAAGGCAACCGCUCAACUCCUCAGAUGUCUUCUGCAUUCUUCAAGUUAUCGAAUAAUGCCACGGUUAGCAAUGCAACGCAGACGACGCCACCGAGCACCUCGAUCGGCCAGGAGCCACUAUCUCCAACUAAUUUAGAUCCCCCUGCGGGAAGUAGCCAGGGUGAGGAUGUCCAGAAACAUUCCAACGGACUGAGUGCAGGGGCAAAGGCUGGAAUAGGGAUUUCCGUUAGCAUAACAGGUCUAGCGAUAAUCACAUGCAUCGGGUUAUAUAUUAGAAAAUUGAAGAAACAGGAUCAUCAUGUCGCUGACGAACCUGUCGGAAAUCCACAGCCAAUUCCCUCGAAGGAAACAUGGCAAAAUAAUACAGUUGCGGAAUUAGAUACUACACAGAGGCUAAGCUGUGCUGAAUUACCCUAAUAAUGUAUAUUGAUGGGUUUGUUAUGAGGUAGCGUUGGAGUUGUCGACUUGAGAUAUUUCUGAAACAAGUUGGACUAGGAUUCUAUUAAAAUAAGAGACUUGAUAUUUGGUAUUAAUUUUAUUUACCGUCUCACAUUUAUUUUCUCGGCUGUAACUAUCGGUGUUGAUAGGCACCUGAAGUAGAGUCAUAGAGCGAGACUACAUGACUAUUAUCCGCAAAUUUAGUUCCUCAGGUUG